AACACCGACACACUCCCUUUCCCUUAAACCGCGGGGAACGAAACGCGGAGCGGCGGCAGGAGCAGGACUGACCUCCCCCCGGUGCGCACCAUCCAUGGUCCUCCCCUGGAUGUCUGUCUGACAGGAGGGUCAGCAUUACUUUGUUGAAGCGACAGAGGCAGGCCCCGAGUCAGAGGUGAAGAGAGCAAGACAGGAGUCCUACCAGACAGCAGGGGGCAGCAGCUGGCAUGCAGGACUCCGCCUCAGACAGCAAGAUGGCCAAACAGGAACAGAACUCCAAGCAUCUGGACGAACACAGAGAAACGGACGAAAUGUCUGAGAAGACGUCGCCAAACAAGAACCUCAAAUCCCCCCAGAAAGGCUCCAAACGACUUAAAACCGUCCCCUUCAAAGUGACCCUGCUGGACUCCUCUGAGUUUGAAGGAGAAAUUGAGAAACACUCAAAAGGACAGACCCUGGUGGACAUGGUGUGUGAGCACCUCAACUUGCUGGAGAAGGACUACUUUGGUCUGACCUUUGCCGACACAGACACACAGAAGAACUGGUUGGACCCCUCCAAGGAGAUCAAGAAGCAGAUGCGCAACUCUCCGUGGCACUUUGCCUUCUCAGUCAAGUUCUACCCUCCAGAUCCCUCCCAGCUCACUGAGGAUAUUACCAGAUACUACCUGUGUCUGCAGCUGAGGGAUGACAUGCUGUCAGGUCGACUGCCGUGCUCGUUCGUCACUCAUGCCCUCCUGGGCUCCUACACCGUUCAAGCCGAGCUGGGAGACUACGACCAGGAUGACCACGGCUCAGACUAUGUCAGCGAUUUUCGCUUUGCCCCCAAUCAGACUCGUGAGCUGGAGGAGAGGGUGAUGGAGCUCCAUCGAAACUACAAGGGGAUGACUCCAGCAGAGGCUGAGAUUAACUUCUUGGAGAAUGCGAAGAAACUGUCCAUGUAUGGUGUGGACCUCCAUCAUGCUAAGGAUUCUGAAGGGAUUGACAUAAUGCUGGGCGUCUGUGCCAACGGCCUGCUGAUUUACCGGGACAGGCUGAGGAUCAACCGCUUUGCCUGGCCAAAGAUCCUUAAGAUUUCUUAUAAGAGGAGCAACUUUUACAUCAAGAUUCGACCUGGAGAGUAUGAGCAGUUCGAAAGUACAAUCGGUUUUAAGCUUCCCAACCACAGAGCUGCUAAGAGGCUGUGGAAGGUCUGCAUUGAGCAUCACACAUUCUUCCGGUUGGUAUCUCCGGAGCCUCCUCCUAAGGGCUUCUUGGUGAUGGGUUCAAAGUUUCGAUACAGUGGAAGGACACAGGCUCAAACCAGACAAGCCAGUGCGCUUAUAGACCGGCCUGCUCCACACUUUGAGCGCUCCACCAGCAAGAGGUACCUGCUGUCCCGGAGCUUGGAUGGAGCAGAGUUCUCACGACCAGUCUCAGCCAUGUGUGAGAACCAUGAUGGCCUGUCCCACCGCAGCAUCAGUGAACAGCAUCGCAUCCACAGCCCCUCUGUGGACGAGCAGGAGACUGAGCUGGAGCCCAGUUUGGAGCAGGACGAGGAGGACAAGGACCAAGAGCAGGGCCAGGAGUCAGAGCAGGACAGAGACGGGAAUGUCACUCCAAGCAGAAAGAAAGAGAUCAUGUUUCUGGAUAAGUCUCAGGACUUCUUGCUGAAGCACCAGGCCAGCAUCAAUGAGCUGAAGAGAGCCCUGAGGGAACCUAACAGCAAGCUGAUGAACCGCGAGAAGCGUCUGUCUGCAACUUCUCCUACUGGCACACCAGAGAAGAAGGCUUUGGUGGGCCGAGCAGUGGGAAAGGACCCUGUUAACAGCCUGUCUGUUGAGGGUUUCGUCCAGAAGACUCUUGUGACUUCACCUGAGCCUCCUGUGGCAAAGAAAGACCCCAGUGCUGUGAGCGUGGCCCAUAUGCUGAGGAGGACCGACACUAAGACGGAGACGCAUACGAAUGGAUCAGAGGUUCACCCCAACGUCACGAAUGCCUCACCGCAGAACUAUGGAGUUGUCAGCCCACAGGAGGCUCCAGCUGCCCUUAAAGAAAACGGCUCCCCUGUAAAAGCCAGCACCCAGGGGAGGGAGUCCGUUGUGUCCCCGCUGACCAUCACCGCUGAGAACGUCACCUCAGCAACCACAACUCAAGUUACCAAGACUGUGAAAGGAGGCUACUCAGAGACCAGAAUCGAGAAAAGGAUUAUAAUCACAGGAGAUGAUGAUGUGGACCAACAUCAGGCCCUCGCCAUGGCAAUCCAAGAGGCCAAGCAGCAGCACCCCGACAUGCUGGUGACAAAAGCAGUGGUUAUCAGGGAAACAGAGUCUCCCACUGAGGAGCUGCAGGGGAAACUAGAGUCCUGAUUGGUCAUGGUGGCUCCUGAGACGGGGAGACAGGAGAGGAUCCUCCAGCUGUGUGUCUCCUGUCCCACCCUGCGGUACGCCACCAAGAGGACUCUUUACCCCACUGUGUACACACCGACACAAGAAGAGACUGCAUUCCAUGAAGCAGUCAGUAGACCUUCACUCCUGUCCCUUUAGACAAACCGACUGUGACCCGGCCUCCCGUCCUGUCCCCGGCCCAUCCCAGCCUUCCACCUUCUUAAAGAACAGGAAGCAUCUUCUAUUGGAUAAUUUACCACUUGGAGUGAUGCAAGCUUGAAAGAGAAACCCAACUGUUACUAUUUGAAUUCACCUCUAUUAGAGUCAUUUGUCUGAAACUUUACUUGCAUAUUAUUUAAUCUAAUGCAUCUUCUUAACUCAUUUGAACCCUCAGGAUCAUAUGAAUCAAGCUCCCAACCCCCAAUACCUUUCCCAAAAAUAAAAAUCUUCUAAUCUUUCUAGUUUAAGUUAAAAAAUAUCUUCCCUGUGCUACUGUCACAUAUAAAGUGAAUAUAUAAAAGCAGAAGAAGGUUGAGUGAAAGUACAGGGUCAAUGCUGGUGAUGGGAGGGUGGGGUGGGGAGGUUGGUGCCGAGUGGCAGAAGGCAACCUUUUUGCUCGUUGUUGCCACCUCUUGGCUGUGACACCUUCAGUAUAAUCAACAGCUGUCUUAUUAGCUUUUUACAUUUUUAUCUAUAGAGAAUCUAAUUUAUGUCCAGUGUUUGCUUGUUUAUGAAAUAUGUAUAAUAUCAGAUGAUUAUAAUCUGCAUGAUUCAAUAAAAAAAAUAGCAGAGGGAAUGAAAAAGAAAUUGUGGACACAUCCAUAUUUGAAAUCCAUAAGAAGCUCUGACAUGAGGGGACUGAGCACCUACGGAGAAACUGUAAAAAACAAAAAAAAACAAAAAAACACUGGGCCAGUGAGUAGUGGACACAUUUUAAAGUCUACUACCUCCACUGUUCAGUGGACAGCUGGAAAUCUGCUAUGGUCCCUGUCUCCAACAUAUAAACAAUACUGUCCAUGUCCCAUUUUCCCCCGCUUCACUGUGACUGUUUUCAUUUUGGUGUCAACUCGCCAUCAACAAGAAGAAAUGCUGGUCACACGUUUUUGGGCACAGUUAUGAGGUUUGUAGAGAAAUUUUAAUAUGAAUAAUGUUUUAUCUAAUACGUUUCAGAAAUGUAAUGAUAUGUUUUUACUGUUUUCUUACUUGAGUUUACUGACAGAUUUUAUGUUAUUCCUGUGUUUUUGGACAUUUCAUUCUUCAUGUGUGAACAUGAACGUGAAACACAGCAUCAAAUGCAAAGUUCUUUAGAACGAUUGCACCCAAAUCUAGAAAAGCAAGUUUGCAAAAUUGUGAGGUUGUGAUGCACUGAAGAGAAAUUGGCCAAUGACUUUUGGUUGUUUGCCUGACAGAUCUGGAAUCUGAAUGCUGUUCAUUCCAGAUUCAAAUUGAACAGAUGUGAACUGAUGUCACUGUAAAUAAUCAAACAUAUUAUAUCCUUGAUAUAACUGCUUUUUGGCCACUUGUGGUGCAACAAGCUGUAAACAUGUUGACGUAUCAUCACCUGUCAUCAAAGAGUUGUGUCUUCUAACAUCCAGCAGAUGCAGAGCAAAAUUAGCAUUCAUCUGGAGUCUAAUUUCUGGCCUCCUGGUGAGUGUAAGUCCAAUAUUGACUCUCUUUUCGCUUUGUUUUGGUCUCUUUAGAGAAAUAUUUGACAAGAGCUGCUUAAUUCCCCAGCUAGAUGAUAACUGUAUCUGCAGCUUGUUGCGUAGCAGGUAGCAUGUAGAUGGUUUAUUAGAGCUUUUUCCCUCUCACCACUGACCAACGCUGGAAACGACAGAGAUGAGAGCAGUGAGAGGAAACAGGAAAGCUGCAGGUCAUAAAACCAGACCAACAGGCGGAAAAUUAAAAUUCUCAGUACAUGUUCACAAACAGUGUCUGAAAAGUUCAAAACCACACGAUUAACAUGGGUACAUUUCUGUUUGUUUUCUGUUGGAUUAACUCUUUUAAGUUAUGGCAUAUGAGUUUGUCAUUAUAUUUAUAGAGUGGUGAGUGUGAGGUCUGUGCUUUUCCUCCCUGUUCCCCUUAAAGACAAAGUCGAGACUCCCAGUGUGACACAGGUGAUUAUCCACAGAACCUGUUGACUGUCACUUAACAUAUAUCCUGGAUGACCUUUAAUACUAUACUAUGCAUCACUUAUCAUACAUAACAAUCCCUCUGAUGGAGCCUUGUUAGCCGUUUUGCUGUCAUUGUUAACUUUGUGCUACUGUUAACCAAAGCAGUGAAGCGCACUGCUUGUGAGAUUUGCAAUAAGCAGCCAUUAUUCUUAUCCUCUGUCCUCUAAAGGGAGAAAACUGUGAACUCUCAUGCGUACCGAAGCGUAAACAAAACCUAUAACACAGAGUUAGUGAUAUUCAAAGGAGCUUUUCCAACACUUGUGCCCAUGGCUUUGUCGCCCUCCUCGUCUAAUCCUCCCAUUCCCCUGCCUUGAAACUGUCCACCUGCUAUUGAUGUGUCUGUGGAAACCAGAGAUUCCCAAACUGAUGAUUUGUAUAUUCUAUUUUGCUCUGUUUUAUUUUAUCUGGUCAUAUGACACUGGACUGUUGUGAAGGCACUUGCUUGCCAUGAUAGCAGCACAUAUACUGUAAACUUUAGGGAAAAAUGGCCUGUCUUUGCUGUAAUAUCAGACACACUACUGAUGGAAGAGAAACGACUGUAGGUAUCAGGAGAGAAUUCAUGCACUGCGGGCGAGGUGGUGAGUUGAAGGACGGGGAGCCUGUAUUUAUAUAUGAAUAUCCAUACUUCUGUGUAUUAUCCUGUAAACUAUGUAGAAAUUGACAAGUGCAGGGAUGUGUUUUUAGGUUCAAGGGAUGAGGCAGUAAGUAAAAAAAUCUGAAGAACAGCAGAGCAAUAGAAAUGUGACAUGAAUGGGUGCCUUAUGUUUGCAAGCCGUGGUUAUGGGAGUCACAGUUGUCAGUGCUCAGCUGAAAGUGCUGUUAAUCACCGUGAGGCAGAUGUAGAAACGACCUCUCCUCUCGGUCCAAGGUGAGGAGGAACUGUCUUGAAAGUGAAUUACUGUCUUGUAAAAGAAUGUGACGCUGAGUGCAGGGAAAAAGAAAUCUCUCUGAAUCUGCACUGUUAGUCUGCAAUGAGAUGAAAACAUUUAUUGGCCCCAUUAAUGUAGAAAAACCAGCACAGUACUGAUUAUGGAUAUGAGCUUUUUUUUUUCUCCCCGUGAAGAGCAUCCAACUGCUCCCCUAUUUAGCCUCCACCUUCAACUCUCCACUGCCUUUUGCUCUACAUUCCCCUAGUGCUUGGUGGUGUGUAUUUGCUGUAUUUGCAUUCAGUCUAAAUGGAAAACAUACAUGCAUAAAUAAAUGUCUCAG